CAAUAAAUGAACGCGCCGCGGUUAAGUGUAAUACCGAAUCUCGUUCCGUCGUUCGUUCCUCCGGACCGUUCAACACUGUCCAUUCGAUAAAUAAAUUCAAAUUUCAACAUAAUUUUUACACAUAAUUAAGCUAUUUAUUCACUGCCAAAAAUAAUUCCGACCGUUCACACGCGGCCGUGUGUAAAUCGUCUGUUUCACGGUGAGCGUGCGUGCGCCUCAGUCCUACGCUGUCGCCAUGAGGACUACCAGCGCGUCUUUAGGACUUUUUGUGAUCCUGACAUGUCUAAUUGCAUCAGGGACGGCUAAUGUUUUAUUAUCACGUAUUAAACGUCAACAAGCGACUACUAGUGAACCAAAAAAAGAGGAGAGUUUCGAAAACGAAAUUUGUAAAGACAAAGACGCAGGAGAAUGGUUUAGAUUGACAGCUCAAGAUGGUGACAGCUGUCGAGAUGUCAUUCAAUGUACUUCUUCGGGUUUACAAGCAAUCCGUUGCCCUGCGGGUUUGUAUUUCGAUAUUGAAAAACAAACAUGUGACUGGAAAUCUGCAGUGAAGAACUGCAAGUUGAAGAAUAAAGAACGCAAAGUUAAGCCUCUGUUGUUCACGGAUGAACCGUUGUGUCAGGACGGAGAAUUAUCCUGCGGAGAUAAAUCUUGUAUUGAACGUAGUCUAUUCUGUGAUGGUGAAAAGAAUUGUCCAGAUGGAUCAGACGAAAAUUCAUGUGAUAGCGACAAUGAUCCAAAUCGUGCACCACCCUGUGACCCCGCAGUUUGUGUGUUGCCAGAUUGUUUUUGUUCUGAAGACGGCACUGGUAUACCCAAUGAUUUACCCGCAAAAGAUGUACCACAGAUGAUAACAAUUACAUUUGACGACGCCAUUAACAACAACAACAUUGAAUUGUACAAAGAAAUAUUUAAUGGAAAGCGCAGAAACCCCAACGGAUGCGAUAUUAAGGCCACGUUCUUCGUUUCACAUAAGUACACAAAUUAUUCUGCUGUUCAAGAAACUCACAGAAAAGGUCAUGAAAUAGCUGUACACUCAAUAACACAUAAUGAUGACGAAAAUUUCUGGAGCAACGCUACUGCAGAGGAAUGGGCUAGAGAAAUGGCUGGUAUGAGAAUAAUUACUGAGAAGUUUGCUAAUUUGACUGAUAAUAGUGUGGUUGGUUUGAGAUCACCGUAUUUAAGAGUAGGCGGUAACAAUCAAUUCAACAUGAUGGAAAAUCAAGCUUUCUUAUACGACUCAUCUAUUACCGCUCCUUUAUCAAACCCACCUCUCUGGCCAUACACCAUGUACUUCCGUAUGCCACACAGAUGCCACGGUAACCUUCAACACUGUCCAACUCGAAGCCACGCGGUAUGGGAAAUGGUUAUGAAUGAACUCGAUAGGAGAGAAGAUCCAAACUUUGAUGAAUAUCUACCCGGUUGUGCCAUGGUUGACUCGUGCUCAAAUAUUAUAUCAGGAGACCAAUUUUACAAAUUCCUCAAUGAUAACUUCAUAAGGCAUUACGACCAGAACAGGGCGCCCAUGGGUCUUUACUUCCACGCUGCUUGGUUAAAAAACAAUCCAGAUUAUUUGGACGCUUUCUUAUUCUGGAUUGAUGAGGUGUUGGCUAGUCACAACGAUGUAUACUUUGUUACCAUGACACAGGUGAUCCAGUGGAUACAGAAACCACGAAUUAUCAAUGAAGUAAAGAACUUUGAACCUUGGAGGGAAAAGUGCGUUGUAGAAGGUCCCCCGGCCUGUUGGGUACCUCACUCGUGUAAAUUAACUAGCAAAGAAGUACCCGGCGAAACCAUCAACCUCCAGACGUGUGUACGGUGUCCAAACAACUAUCCAUGGCUUAAUGACCCCACUGGAGAUGGUUUCUUCUAAGUCACAUGUAUGUUGUUCCCCGAUCUCACACACAUAAAUAUUCACAUUUAAAUCGUAAAUAACAUUUCGUUUAACUCCAAUUUAUCAUAAUGUAUUUUAUAUAUUAAUCCAUGAAAGGGCAACGCGUGUCGGUACUUUACCUUAGAGUGUCUCCCUUUCUUGUCCUCACGCGAAGCUACAGCUUCGGGCGAACUUUUUGUAUUAUAUACGUAAAUAUAAUAUAAUACAAAGUGUAUACGUGACGAUUAUUUUCAUUAUUAUCUCAACGGCAACAACGGUAUCAUUUUUUUAUAGGUCCCCCAUUCUAACAUUAUCUAUACAUACAAGUGUAUCGGGUUUCUCAAUUAACUGUGAUUGUUUAUUAUAAAAUACUACUACUAUUAUUAUACGGUACUGUAGCAUAACAACUCUCUGCAGCAACUGUAAAAUUGUGUAACGGCGGUAGCAGGCACAUGUAACGCCUUACUUGUUUCAAGUACUGUAUGAUAAUUAAACAAAAACACUCGUCUGACUUUUUUUAAUUAUUAUUAUGUAUUAUUUUUAGAAAUGUUUUAUUAUUAUUUUAUUAUUUGUGUAAUUAUUCCUGAAAUUCUUUUCAACUGUCUUGAUUUUAAGAAAAAAUAAUUAUGUCGUUACUUCAAAGUAGCCAAGCAGUUAUGUAAUUGUAAAAUUGAUAAACGUUGUACUUAGUUAAUAGUAAAUAAAUUAUACGAUAAAACU